AUGGCUGGCAUGGAUGAAUACGCAUUCCUGGCGCAGCUCAUCCAGCGCAUGGACAGACACCUCAUCUUCCCUUUACUAGAACACCAGCUCCUCGCCGAAGACAUCUCUCAAGAGCGCUACGAUGACCUCAAGCUCGCCAUUUUCAACCUCCUCAAGAACACCAACAUGAUCGACUACGUGGGCAAUCUCUACAAGGAAAUUCACAACACCGAGACCAUUCCCCCAGAGUACGCGAAGAAGAGAGAAGAAGUCUUAAGUCAACUGGAAAAAUUCAACGAAGAGAGCGCACACCUUACAAACCUGCUGAACGAUGAGUCAGUGACAUCUCAACUGCGCAGCGACAAGGUCGCCAACUUGAAAUUCCUCGAAGAACAGCACGGCGUAACUCAGCAGAUGGUUGACAAUCUCUACGACUUUGGCCGCUUCAGAUAUGAAUGUGGUCUCUAUCCCGAAGCCGCCGACUUACUGUACCGUUUCCGCGUCCUCUCCAUCGAUAACGACAAAGUUGUGAAAGCCACCUGGGGAAAGCUCGUUUGCGAGAUCCUGGGCGAAGAAUGGGAAAGCGCCUUGGAAGAGGUCGAAAAAGUCAAAGAGCACAUUGAAACCCGUCUGUUCAACAAUCCUCGAGCACAACUCACAGCCCGAGAAUCGCUCGUCCAUUACGCUCUCUUCCCUUUCUUCAACUACGAGCCCGCCCGAGAAAAGUUGACCGAGCUGUUCUUCUCCCCGCCCUACAUCUCCUCCAUCCAGACCGCCUGUCCGUGGAUUCUGCGCUACCUCGCCGCGGCAGUCAUCACCAACCGCUCUCGCACUGGCAACUCGUACAACUACCAGAAACAAUUGAAGGAUCUUAUCCGCGUCGUCAAGCAGGAAGUCUACGAAUAUCAAGAUCCCGUCACGGAAUUCGUAAAGGCACUCUACAUUGACUUUGACUUUGAAGGCGCGCAGAAAAAGUUGUCAGAAGCAGAGGGUAUUCUGAGAAGUGACUUUUUCCUGUCCAGCUCAGCGGAUGCCUUCCUGGAAAGUGCCAGACACUUGAUCUCCGAGAGUUACUGCAAGAUCCACCAGAGAAUUGACAUCAACGACCUGUCAACCCGUUUGGGACUUUCACCCAGUGAAGGCGAGAAAUGGAUCGUCAACCUCAUCCGGGACACAAGAGUGGACGCCAAGAUCGACUACCAAGCCGGCACGGUGGUGAUGAACCAUCCUCCCCAGAGCGUGUAUCAGCAGGUGAUUGAAAAGACGAAGGGUGCGUUCUUCAGAACUCAGGUUUUGAGUGCCGCCGUGGCGAAGUGA